AUGCAAAUAAAUCAAAAAAAACAGGCAUUUUGCGUUCUGUUCGUCCUAAAAUUGACUGUUGCCAGUAUCGGCGAAGGCGAACUCGGCGAUUUUGGAGAAAGUCACGGAUGGGAAAACUUUCAAUCGACUUCAUCGGACGAGCACAAAUACGACUUAUCGCCCCACACGAUCGUACACACCAAACCCGUUCACAUACCGGUGGUGAAGAAAACCGGAGUACCGCACCCUCAACCCGUCCACAUUCCCAUACCCCAAGUAGUCAAAGUCGGCGUUCCCCAGCCUUAUCCCGUCCAAGUAGCCGUACCUCAUCCGGUCGCGGUACCCAUUUACAAACUGAUACCUCAAGAAAUAGAGAAGAAAAUCCCCAUUCACGUUAAUAAGUUAGUCCCCGUUUACAUCAAGAAACCCUACAAAGUCAUUUUGGAAAAACAUUACCCGGUAUACGUCGACAAGCCCUAUCCUGUUCACGUACCCGUUUACAAACAUGUCUACCAAGAAGCUAAGAAGAGCCACAGUGGAUUCGAUCACCAUGAAAAACACCAGUAG